AUGGGCCCCAAAAACAAUGAGAUUAUAACGAUCAAUAACAAUAGCAAUACUCCUACUCUAAAUAACCAACACUCCAAAACAAAUGUAUCAUUUUUAAUUUCAGAGGAUAAAGACACAUCAUCAUUACCCUUUUUGCAGUUACCAUCCCAGCUGGAAAAUAAUGCCUUUUCUAUACCUGGCUUGAAAACACAACAAAGUUCUUCAUUAGUGCAAAAAAAGAAACCUGAAAAUUCAUUUGAUGCAAAAAAGAGUAAUUUGACUCGCAAUACUUCCAAAACUAAAACAAAGACUAAAAAUGAAAACAGUAAGGAUAAGGGGGAAACUUCGAAGAGUGAUUUAAAUAAUGAUUCAAAUAACAAAAAAAGCGAGAAUACAACUAUUCAAAAUACAAAAAUCAUCAAUAAUAUUAGCACUCCAACCACGGCUCAAAAAGCGUUAGCAACUAAAGCCGCCUCCUUUCCAGUUAAUAGUUCUCCAUUAAUUAAAAAUAUUCAAAAUACACCAAAAAUAUUUUCAUCUAAACUUUCCACAGACACUGGCAAUAAUCCUAAAAAUAUUCAUAAAUAUGGUUCGACAUCAGUAUCUGCUACUCCAAGAAAACAACAAUCGGAUAUGACUCCUGGCAAUAAUUUAGUUACAAAGGCGGCUACAACGGUUACUAAGAAGGACAAUGGCGAAUAUCUAGGAACCCCGAAAAUUAUUAAAACAAGUUCAUUAUUUAACAGUAAUAUAACCAAUCAAAACAACAAUGCAGAAGACGACGUUAAUAAUAUUGGCAAUGGUGUUAUUGUCGUGAAUAUUCCAUUGUAUACUACGGAAGAUAACAACUAUUUAGAUGAAAAUGGUCAAGUUGUUUUUAAUUUCACUCAAAUUAUUAAUGAUUAUAAUAAAAAGCACCACCCUAAAGCGACUGGCAAUAAAAAUGUUAAUGCAAAACUUGCUGGAAAAAGAAAUCUAUUAAAUGUUUUAGAAAAUAAAAAUAAUUCAAACAAAAAUGCAGAUGGUGAAGACGAUUUAGGUGAAUUACUUGACGAUGAACUAAGUGGCGGAGAUCUUGAUGAUUUAACUGGCGACGACGACGUUGAUGACGACGAAGAUGCCGAUGAAGAAGUAAAUGAUGGGUAUCAUGAUCCUGGUAACAUUGGUAAUAGUAAACUAAGUAAAAUGAUAAUGGGCACUGGAGGAAACAAUACUCCAAAUAGUAAAAAACAACCGCAUCCAAAUAAAGGUAAGAGCAGAAUAGGCAAAUAUGAUAUAGAUGACCCAUUUAUAGAUGAUUCUGAAUUAUUAUGGGAAGAACAAAGGGCAGCCACCAAGGAUGGUUUUUUUGUAUUUUCUGGUCCCUUAAUUGAGAAAGGACAUUAUGCUAGUUUUGAAAGGAUCGACGGUACAAUGAAAAGAGGGGGAGUCAGAAGCAAGUAA